CUCUGUUCUAUCUCUCUACCCCUAUUUCUUCAUCUACAUCGGCUCCUAUCGAGAAAAGAGAAAUCCAAAGGAAAAAUUGAAAGAAAAGACAAGAUAAAAAAUGGACUCUGUGCUCUCAACUGUCACCAAUCUUCUCCCCUACCAUCUCCUCUCCUAUGGCGCUCUCCUGGGCACUGAGCUCUUCCAGAGCUUCGUCAAUACCAAAGUCUGCUAUCGCGCCCUCCCAAUGUGCGAGUUCCUCGCCCUCCAGAAACAAAUCUUCCCCGCAUAUUUCAAAUGUCAGGUGGGCCUCGUGAUUCUUACCGCGGUAACCCGGCCACCGCGGAGCAUUCUGUCGCUAGGUUGGGAUACAGUACCGCUGGCCAUUGUGGGCGUGACAGGGGCUCUGAACUGGUUCGUCUUCGGGCCGAAGACCACGACGGCCGCGGUCGUGCGGAGAAGCAUGCAGGAGCAAGCCAGCAAUGAGGAUAACCCUGCGCCGACAGACCCGGCGAAGAUGCACCGGGCCAAUCGAAAUUUUGGGCGCAACCACGCCAUGGCCAUCCAUCUGAAUGCCAUCUCCAUGGUUGCGACAGUGUGGUACGGGUUCUCGUUGGCAUCGAGCAUCUUGGCGAGGAUGUAAGGGAUGAGGUUGUGGAGGCCCAGACUGUUAUCAGAAGGCCUAUCUUUGCCUGAGUCUAUGGUGUAUUAGUCUAUGAUGUAUUGGGCAGAUGAUUAGGGAAAGGGUGCUAUGGCUUGGACUAGGUACCACAGAUACGUGGCAGGGUCGUGGUGUUUCAAAUGGAAUCUGCCGGUUGGGAUCACAACCAUGAUCUACUCACCCAUGGGGGGAUUAACUUUGG